AUGUCUCCGUCAACAGCUGCUGGCCACCUCGUGGCCCGGUCGCUCUCACAUGGCGGCAUCGCCGGUGCUGUCGUGGGCUCCGUUGUUGGCGCCUUUUUGAUCUUCAUCCUUGUCCUUCCAUUUAUCUUGCGAGCCAUACGGGAGCAUCGAUACCACAAGAAAAUCGCCGCCGAAAAUGCCGAGAUGGGUGUCACCGGGCAGGGCUUCUACGGGGGCCCGCCAGGCCAAGUCUUCCAUCCUCUAUUCUAUAAGCCACCAACGCCUCCCGGAGUCGGCCCGGGUGCUGUCGACCCGUCAGCGCAGGGCCCCUCGGAUCCUGCCGCUACGCUUGGCGACAACAACUCAUCCGAAGACGGCAAGCCGGCCGUGUCCGGUUCGUCACCGACUCCGCCGCCCGCUGACGGCGCUCCGCAACCUACUUCAGCGGCCGAUGCAGCUCCAGCACCUGCUGCACUUGGCAUCGCUGCGCCAGCCCGUGCGACUCUUCCGCCAGCAGGCUUCCCAAUCAACACAAACACGGCUCCAUACGCUGGCCCACGGUCGGCUUCAUCUGCAGGGCCGCAGCCAUUAUAUCCUCCGCCACCGACACUAAACUCGGCAGCAACGUUCCCGGCUGUCGGUUCCCAGGAUCCUAUACUGGCGCCGCGCCAGCGCAGCUCGACAACGCUUACGGGUCGACCGUCACAUAAGCUCUCUGGCACACUAGAAACGAUUGCAGACCGUGCCGCGGCGGUGUUCCGCCACGGCAGCACGCGGUCUUCACCAUCGCGGUCUCCAACGAGCCGUCCCGACCAUGGUCCAGGCAGCGCACGUUCGCCUGUCGAGUUGUUCUUCAAUCAAUACGACCCCUCGAAUCACCACACAUGGCUCAUGAGACAACAAGGUAUCGACGAUAAUAGCACGGGCGUCGACCCGUCCUUUUUCGAGGUUAACACACAAUAUGCCACUGGUGCAUCGGCAGAGUACUAUUCGGGAGCACCGCUGUCGCCGCCCACGGACCCGAAUUCGCACCUUAUGUCGCCUGUUUCGUACGCCCCCGAGCCUCCGAGCAUGAUUGCGUCGAGCCUGGCGAGUAUUGCUUCCGCAGCAGCUGUGGCCGGCGCGGCUACCGGUUCAAAAAAACCGACAAAGCCACCCGUUUCGCGCACUGAUAGCCUCCGCACAGCCGCGACGGGCGACGAGUUUUCGCCGCUCCCAUUGAGCCCUACCUCGCCUCUUCCCAGUGUCGCGGAGGGCGGUCGCGGCAUUAAGGAGGAGCCCGACCAAACUAGCGAUCGCGGCAUCUCCUCUCCACCGACGGGGUCACGAUCCAUAAGCACAGAACUUACUCCCGAACCCUCUGAGUUUAUGCCACAUUCGCCUUCUUAUCGUCCGCUUGUUCCCAGUCCCCGUCUCCCAGCUCCCGGUACGGUCAACCCGCGAGACGUUUGGGCGCCUGCCACCGACGACGAGCGGUUCGUCCACAAGACGGCCGAGCUCGAUCGCAUUGAACAAUCGCCACCCUCUGCAGUGGAAGACGACCAAAACGACGAUUCUCUGGACGUGCCGCAUGUCCCAUCAAUUUCGGUUGCGGCAUCGCCAUCUGACUCCAAUUUUGAGGCAGAGCAAGAGGAGGCCUCCGGACCCGUCGAGGCCUCAGCACAAGCCUUGUCUCCCACCGAGGCCUCCCUCGAUGCCACCGAUGCCCCGUCCCCUCAAGAACCCACUACCGUGCCGUCCGUGUCGGCACCGGAAGACACUAAAGUUGCCACUCCCGCCCAGCCUGAUGCUGUUCCUGCAUCUGACCCGCAGAUUGACCACUCUAGCCCCGAAACCCAAGAUACGCAAGACACCCAAAACACCCAAAACACACAAGACACACGAAUUGCAGAGGCCACACCAGUCGCACCUGGCAAUACAAUCCAGCAAGCCACCAUUAGCAGCGGGCAACAAAUCGACCCUGCUGAUUUCGACGAACUUAUGCGUGGUCUUGACGACAGCGGAUACAAUUUUGCUUACGGGGAAGGCCAGCAGAUGGAAUUUGUGCCAAGCAACAGCGACUUUAACAACACUGCCAACGAAACCAUCACCGACAACGGCACCGUCGGUGGAGGCGACAACACCUUCAUCGGCGGCUUCAACGGCGGUGGUACGUAUCCGGCAAACAUGUCUGUCGGCGGCAACAACAUGUACCAGACUAUUCCACAGCAAAUCUCACCGCAAAUGCCACAGCAAAUGCCACAGCAGCCGCCACAGCAGUACUGGGGCAUGCCGAAUGGUGGCAACCUCCCGACGAUUGCUGGACCGUUUAUGACGCCUGUCAGCCAGGGCGACUUUCCCAACGGCAUGCUGGCACCUCCGUUUACCGUUCCAUUCAACGGUAUCAACCAAAUGAACGGUGGCAACAGUAUGCAGGGUAUGGAGUACGGCAAAGAUAACAGCAAACUCCCGCAGUUUGCGCUGCAAACCCCGCAAAGCAGCCCCGGCCAACUGUCGUCGAACUCGGCAAACAGCAAUCUACCACCAGGCAUGGCCAUACCGACGACACCAACCCCGCAAAAGCCAGGCAACUUCAACUCACCACUCUCCGUACCUGGCUCCAACAUCCCCAGCCACCCUGUGUCUCCUGCAUCAAACCAGGGCUCGACUCCAGGACAAUCUUCUUUUCCUGGCUGUGGCAAGCGCUUCGGUACCCGGACACAUCUCGACCGCCACAUCAACGACAAGCACAGCAAGAGCCGCAAGUAUCACUGCACCGAAGAAGGCUGCCCUUACUCCGUGCCCGGCGGCAAGUCCUUCCCGCGAAAGGACAACUGGCGGCGGCACAUGGUCAACAAGCACGGUGUGCAACCUGACCACGAGCCGAUUGAGGUCAUUGAUCAGCCAAUGGCGUAUGCGUAA